CCCUCCCUCCCAGAAUCCGGAUGGUCCAGAGCAUGUGCAGAGUUCUCUGUGAUUCUGGGCUCAGAGGCCAUCAAGACAGCAGCCUCGUGCCCUGCCCCCAGAUGGGCGGGCGGGGUAUAAACAAUGUUGUAUUAUUAUUAUUAUUAUUAUUAUUAUUAUUAUUAAGUGUUGUUCAAUUACACUGAUCUUUUAAAAAGAAAGAAAAAUGAUGUUGUUGUUAUUCUUACUGUAUUAUUAUUCAUCUGCUCACUCGAUCUCCGGGUCGUGGCUUCGAGCCCCACGUGAGGCCAAAGAUUCCUGCAUUGCCGGGGGUUGGGCUGGAUGACCCUCGGGGUCCCUUCUGUGAAUCUAUUCCAUGCAAGAGAACUGGGUCCCAGCAGACAAAGUGAACUUCCAGAGGGACCCAUCUCCGAUGGGCCGCCCCCAGCUCGCCGCUCUGCCUCCCGCCUCCUUCCCCAAUUCUGGGGGGCUGGGGGAGGCAGCUGGUUUUCGGCUGUUUCCACUUUCGAGGCCCUUCUUCGGCCGUGCCAGAAUCAGCAUCUCCCGCGGAGACCCCUUCGGGUGCCUUUCGGGGGGCUGGGAGGGGGGUCCCCUUCCCCCUCCCUUCUGCCCCGCCCUCCUUCCGGGGCUCCGAAAUCGAAAGGGGAAGCGCGGACGGAGUCUCCGCCAUCGCCGCUCGCCGCCUCUCCUGGCUCUCUCCCUGCGGAGCCUCAUGGCUGCCCCACCCGACCUGCUCCGCGCCAAGGGGCUCCCGCUGCUGCUGCUGCUGCUGGGUAGGUCGAGGCCGGACGCCUGGGUUCCCCCCCUCGCAGGGCGCGGGAGGAGGAGAGCUCGGGGCCGGACGCCUGGGUUCCCUCCCAGGGGGGCGGAGGAGGAGGCGUCCCUCGCCCCCCCCCCCGUGGUCGGAUUUCCUCCCCCUGCAAGGCAGAGACUCAGCGGGCGCAGGAAGGGGCUGGCGGGGGAAACUUCUCCGGUGGGAUUUCUGCCUGUCGCAAAGCGGGGCGGGGCGGGGGGCGAUUUGGCCCGGGAUAGUCCCUCCGCUUUCGCUUUCCGUUUCCUGGCCGAGUCCCGAAUCCGGCCCCUUGCUGCCCCGCUGCUCCUGCCCUCCGGCCCCCCUCGGGGGCAUCUUCUUCCCAAUGGAGCCUCCUGGACAGAGCCAGUCUACCUUGCCCUGCUCCGGAUCCAGCAGGGCUCUCCCAGACUGGGCUAGGGGAGGGGUCCCCUUGCUCCGGACCCAGAUGCUGCGGCUGCUUUGGGGGCCCCAGGGGCAUCCAGUCCACCCCUUCUUCUUCUUCCUCCUCCUCUCCUGGCAGGAGCGUCCUUCGGCAGAUCCUCGCCUCCGCUGGCCAAGCUGGGCUGCUGGUUCCUGGAGGAGGCUGGGGGCGGAGGCUCAGGCAUGUCCAGCGCCCCCAAGCAGCGCCCCGCCAUCUUGUUCCUGCCCCCACCCGGGAGACGCCUGGAAGAAGCUGCCCUGGAGUCCGAGUUGCCCCCGGAGGUGGAGGCCGGCCUGGCCUUCCAGGUCCUGGGUAUGGAGACCCCCCAUAGGACACCCCCACCUGUCCCCUGGGUCCCAUCCCUGCUUCUCAUUCACCGGGAGGGACUUGAAGCACCUCUGAAUUCAGCCUCACUGGGAGACCCAUUUCACAGGCGCCACAACUGAGGCUGGGAAACUUAAAAUGAUUCUCUGGAUCUUCAGUGUCGGCAAACACUCCUUCCCCAAUCUCCGUUUUUAAACCUCCAGGGACAGAGUUGCUUUCCUUGGAGGUUUUCCAAACAGAGGCUGGAAGGCCAAAUGUCAGGGAUUCUUGAGCUAAGAUUCCUGCACUGCAGGGGGUGAGACUAGAUGUCCCUCGGGGUCCAACCUACAGCUAUUUACUUUUUUAUUUUUAAACAUUUUUUCUUUUUAAAACAUCAGUGUGAUUGAACAACACUGAAUAAUAAUACAGUGAUACCUCGGGUUAAGUACUUAAUUCAUUCCAGAGGUCCGUUCUUAACCUGAAACUGUUCUUAACCUGAAGCACUAUUUCCGGGUUAGCGGAGUCUGUAACUUGAAGAGUAUGUAACCCGAGGUACCGCAGUAUCUAUAUCUGGCCACAGUGAUCCAUGCGACGGUCACCUCCAGGCUUGACUACUGUAAUGUGCUCUACGCGGGGCUGCCCUCGAAGCUGACCCAGAAACUCCAGCGGGUGCAGAAUGCUGCAGCGAGGCUCCUCACGGGGUCUCUGCCAUGGGAGCAGAUUCACCCAGUGCUUUUCCAGCUGCACUGGCUCCCAGUGGAGUACAGGGUCAGGUUCAAGGUGCUGCUUUUGACCUUUCAAGCCCUUCAUGGCCUAGGACCCUCGUACCUACGGGACCGCCUCUCCCGGUCUGCCCCACGGAGAGCCUCAAGGUCCAUAAACAGCAACACCCUAGCGGUCCCGGGCCCUAAGGAAGUUAGAUUGGCUUCAACCAAAGGCAGGGCCUUUUCAACUCUGGCCCCAGCCUGGUGGAACGCUCUGCCUCAUGAGACCAGGGCCCUGCAGGAUCUGAUUUCUUUCCUCAGGGCCUGUAAGACAGAGUUGUUCUGCCUGGCCUUUGGCUUGGAGCCAAUUUGAUUCCCUCCGUCCCUUUCUUUCUUUUUUCCUUUCCUUCUCCUCCUGCGAGGAGGCUACAUUUUAAUAUUUUAAUGUUAUAUUUUAAUUUUGUUUUUAAGUUGUAUUCAUUCAACUUAUUUUUAUUAUUGCUUGUUAGCCACCCUGAGCCUGGCCUUGGCUGGGGAGGGCGGGGUAUGAAUAAAAUUUAUUAUUAUUUUUAUCUAUUAUCCAUGUUAUCCAUUUUAAACUCUUAGGGCUUAAAAUCAUUUGCAAUUCCUGUGCUGGGUGCCAGAGCCCCACGAGGCCCAGGGGAGCCCCCAGCGGACUUUGACUGAGACCCACGGACUGGAAUGAAGCAAAGUUAUGAUGAGGGCCAAGAGGCCUGGCUCCGGGUUCAACCACACACCCACACACAAUUUAAAUUGAGAAUACUUGAAUAAUAAAAAGGGAAAUAAAAAGUGAAUAGAGAACAAAGAAAUAAAAAAAUAAAAAAGGGGGAAGGUAUAUCACUAUAUAUGCCAACAACUACAGUUCCAUACAUGCUUUUCUGGUAUAUAGGUACAGUGCUUUUUUCUAAAAAUUGUUCAGGGUUACUCCCAUUUUGACUCAAGAAAAUCACCAUUUUAUAGUUCCAAUUGGGAAAAAUAAAUACAGUGAAUGGACAAAAGAAAUCAUCUCAAGAACUCAGGAGUCCUAUUGUUGUGGAUUAAUUUAAUCUAGUUAUGCUUAUUCUGGAUCUACUUCAAAUUGGUUUCCAACCUCAACAUUUCCACUUUUCAGAGGUACAAAGCUGCUUGGUUGUUUUGGUUUGACCCAGAACGGUGGAGUUGGGAACCCCAAAGGUCAUCCACUCCAACCCCCUGCGAUGUAGGUUGGGGGGUCCGGCAGUGGAGAGACAAGGCUCAUCAUUCCCCCCCCCCAAACACUGGUUCACCCCCCCCCCCGCUUUGUCCCCCCGGCAGACCCCUCUGGGGCCCUGUGGGGCGGUCAGGCCUCGGCCACCCCCCCGCCGUGGCUGAGUCCGGAUGCCAGCGAGGCUGAAUCCUCCUGCGAGAUCAACGCUUACGCGCCGCAAGAGUCCCACGUCGCCUGGGCGGAGGGGCUGGCGGGCGGAGGGGGCUGCCCCCGCGCCCUGGAGAGGGGCAAGUGGCUCAUCGCCAGCAUCCAGGCCCCGACGCCGAGUUCGGGGUCAGCAGCGUCCUGCACACCGAGGAGGCCCCGCCUUGGAAGCAGCAGGAUGGGGUCAGCAGCGUCACCACCACCGCAGGUACCACCUGGCGAGCGGAAGGGGAGCAGCGCGGCCUAGCGGUUAGAGCCCUGCGCCAGCAGCCUGGGAGAGAGGGACCAGCUUAUCAGACAGACCUGCCAUCAGAGUCAGCGUGGAGGAAUGGCAGGCGAAGGGGAUGGAGGCCGCCUUGAGCCCCUGGGAGGAGAAGGCGGGGCAGAAAUGCGGUUAUUUAAAUUAGGAGUGCCCAAAGUCAUUGGUUACACCCUCAUGGGGGUGGGGGGCACCGUGGGCCAAUUGGAAAGUGGAAAUCCCUGGAUCAAAUGCAUCUGCUGGGUUGAACUACUUGGAGUAGUUUGAAGUGGAUUUUGAGUCAUUUGGCAACUAAUUGUUGCUGUUUCAAAUCUUGCUUUCAUCUUACUGGGUCGUGCAAACAGUUGUUCCAAACCAUGCCUCUUUUAGGGCACUGGCUGAAAGGGAGAGAGUUUAUGGGGUCCCCCAAAUUUGAGAACCACGAAAUGAAAUGAAUAAAUCAAAUAGAUGGUGGGUUUGUUCAGAGCCGUCUUUCCCAUAGGGCUUAGUGAUGCGUCUCGCCAGGGCGCUGGCCUCUCGGGGGAUCGCUCUCCUGCAUUGGCAUGGGGGAGAGGUGCGCCCCCCACAAGGGCUGGCAGUGCGCAGCUACGGCCACCCCAACACUAUCGGUGGUAAUCUGGGGGUGUUGGGCGGACAUUUGCAGCCUGGCGCCGCAUCUGCUAAACACGGCCCUGGGUUUGUUGUUUUUCCCUUCUGGGAUUCCUCCCUUGCACGGGGGGUUGGUCUAGAUGACCGCUGGGGAUCUCUCCCGCUCACCUCGCCCUCCUCCCUCCUUGCGCAGCGGUGCUGUCGGUCUUCACACGGACGCCGCGCCUGGAGUCCCGCCUCGGGCGCCCGGCGGUCCUGCACUGCGGCUUCUCGGCGCCGGCCUCGGCCUUCUCGGUGGAGUGGCGCCAUCAGUUCCGGGGGGCCGGGAAGGUGGUGCUGGCCUUCGACGGAGCCUCGCGGGGGGUGUCGGUGGCCGAGGAGGGGGCCGAGCUGCUGCUGGAUGCUGAGGGCGGUGGCGCCUCCCUGCGCCUGCGGAGCGUGGCCGUCCGCCACGAGGGCACCUACAUCUGCACCGUCUACCUGCCCCACCUGCACGCCCAGCAGGCGCUCGAGUUCAAGGUGGUGGGUGAGUGAGCAACCGGGGGGUCUCCCUCGCAGGGAGGGCGGAGGGAAGGAAGGGGAAAGGGGGGUCCACUGCCCAAAGGGACCCCCAUGGAGCCAGCAUCUUGUAUUCUCACAGUCCAAAUGCCGGCCAGGACCUAGGGAUCCAGAUAGACUGCUCCUGGGCCUGGAGGCGCCAAAAGAACAUAGGGAGAGUGCUUAAACCUUGCAGUGGCCAAAUUGCCCUGAGAUCCCUGACUGGCAGGGGUUGGUCUAGAUGACCCUUGCAGGUCCCUUCCACUUCUGCAAUUCUAGGCUUCUAAGAGCCAAGCGAUCCAGAGAGACUGCCCCUGGACUGGGAGGCUCCUUAAGAAGCGCCUGGCCACUUGAUCAAGCCAACGGGGACCCUGUCUUCCUCAGGAUUCGAAUCCAAGAGCCCCCCUCUCCCCUCCCGGCAGCCGGGAGCCUGCAGCACUCCUGGUUGUCAGCAGGGGGCGCUCUGCUCACUCCCUCUCCCCCUCUCGCCCUGCAGAGCCCCCCCAGGUGACGCUGCGCCCCACGACGCUCUCGGUCUCCCCCGGCGCCCGGCCCCAGCUGGCCUGCGAGGUCUCCGGCUUCUUCCCUCUGGGUGCCUCGGUCAGCUGGAAGCGGAGGGGGUCCGGCGCCCCCCAGGACGCCUUCCUGGACAUCGGGGACUUGGGGCACCGCCAAGCUCCCGAUGGCACCUUCAGCUUCACCAGCUUCGCCCGCCUGCUGCCCGUCCCGACCGAGGACCAUGGGGUCUCCUACGUCUGCCACGUGGGCCACGCCGGGCUGGGCGAGGCGGGGGUCAAGAAGGCGGUUGUGCUCCAUGUGGCAGGUGGGGGUCUGCACUUGGGGGUCUGUGCCGGGGUCCCCUGGGGGCUGGGUAGCAAGGCACAGAAGACCGGCUGCGGAUGCGAUUCCUGACUGGCGGAGGUUGGGGGGGUCGUCCGUCCUGCGUGAUUUAGCUGGAUUCCUCCCUUGAAGGGGGUUGGGCUAGAUGACCGCUGGGGUACCCUCCCAACUAGGAUUUUGUAAAUUGGCACUGAUCAAGUCGGGCAUGGGGUGGAGGAUAUGGGGGGUGGGGCGAAGGUGCAGCUUUGGGACCUGCAAUGGGUGGCCAAGGCAGGGUGGGGGUCUGACAUCGCCUCUCUUCUCCCUCGCUGACGCCCUCCUUCUGCCUCUGCCCCUUCUCCCCCCCCAGGGUCCCUGGGCCCCUCCCUGGAGGAUGCCAUCGGCUUGUUCCUGGUCGCCAUUGUGCUCCUGGGGGUCUUGCGGUCCUUCUUCCGAUGGGGUAAGGUUGUUCCCACCCACCCCUUCUGUACUGUUAUUUUUGUUAUCGAUAUGGUCCUAUUUUACCAUUUGGUCAAUAUUUUGGGGGGAUACUUUAGUUGAGAUUCCUGCCUUGCAGGGGUUGGGCUAGAUGACCCUCUGGGUCCCUUCUGAUUCUACAAUUCUAGGAUUCUAUAAACAUGCACAGCACCCUCCUUUUCUGGAUCUCUGGGCAGUUUGUGGCAUAAAAAUGCACAAUGAAAACACAACGUACGUAAUAGAAAUGAGAACCAAAACAAAUAACCCAGCCUCCCUCAAGUCUAAUUAUUAUAAUGAAAAAUAGAAAUAUUAUAUUUAUUUAUAUCCCACCCUAUUUCCCUGGCGGAGACAAUUCAGAAUCUAUUAAGACCAUGCAAAUAUUGACAGUAAAAGCAGUUGAGAAACCUCUCCACCACCACCUGACGCCUUUGAUUGGCGGAACUGGCGCUGACCAAUUGACUCCCCUUUCCCACAGUUGCCAGUACAAGAAGCUCAGCUGGGAAAGCCUCUUGAUUUCAGGGUUGUGGGUUCAAGCACCACCUUGGGGAAAAGAUUCCUGCCUAGAUGACCCUCAGGGUCCCUUCUGGCUCCAAGAUCCUUUGGAACUCCCCGCCUCUUGAUACCAACCAGGCGCCUUGGCCAGACUCUCUUUGGUCGCCUGCUAAAAACAUCCCUGCCCAGCGGCUCAGAAAUGUUGAUUUCCGUUUUAGCUUUCUGCAUGCUUUCAAGUAUUCCUGUCCAUUUCCCGGGGUUUUCUCGUCAUUAACCUUUCCCUACUUCAUUUUCCUCCUUUUUAGCUUCUGAAGAAAAACCCAAAUCGGAGAAGCCCAAAUCCGAGGUCAGUGUCCAAGAUGCUCCCAAGACUGCCAAGUUCUCUCGAUUCCUCAUUUUUCUAUUCUUUUAAAAACAUAUCUCUGUGCCACUCACUGAGAGGCAGUGCGGUGCAGUGGUGAGAGGGCCAGACUAGGCCCUGGCAGAGAGAUCUGGGUUCAAAUCCCCAGUCCCUGGCCAUGAUGAAGCUCGCAGGGGGGCUGGGGGGCAGGAUCCAGUCUGCCUACUUCGCAGGGUUGUUGUGGAGCAAUUCCUGCAAUUGCAACCCCCAGCCAGCUAAUGUUUCCUCUCCAAACUGGGUCAAAAUCUCACGGAUUUCUCUUCUUUCUGCAGUAACGGACUUUGGGCAACCCAGCUCCCGGCUUGUUUUGUUGCCUGUCUCCAGAUCCCAUUGAAAGGGUGAAGUGGAUCGUAGGCCCCCGGACUCCUGGGUCCCUCCUCUUUCGCUGCUCAGUCUUGCCCCUCCGGUCCCUUGUUGGAAGCCCCCUUCCCCUUCCUUUUUGGGGUCAGGGGUCUGCUUGGCUUCGCAUCCUGCAGAUUCACAGCUGUGAUUUUAAGGAGGGGGCCAGAUCUGUGCAUAGCAAAAGCCCCCCUUUCUAACAGUCCCUGCCCCUCCUCACUUGCGUGCUGUGAAAUUAUAGAAGUGUAGAAUUAGGAGGGGUCCCUGAGGGUCACCUAGUCCAACCCCCCGCAAGGCAGAAAUUGCAUCAAAAGCAACCCUAAGGUCCUGGGCCGCAGACUCUGCACAUGCUCUGGGAGACUCUUGACGGGGGCCUGUGUUGUCUUUGGGAUUGUGGGAGAGAACCUUUUUGGAGGAGGGGAGACUGACUUGAGCAAAAUCAGCAUAUCCUCCCCCCCCCAAAUAAAUAAAUCAGGGAUCCUCCACUUACAGAAUGUGGGUCAUUGGGUGUCCCUUGACCUCCCCCUCCGGGGGACCUGAAGUGGUACAGUCCAGACCCAAGUUUAUCCCCUCUAGAGACCUGAGUGCAAAAGGAGCCCGUUUCCCCGCAACGUCCCUGCAGAGACGGCCAGGCAGAGCAGCUCGGCCCUCUCUCUCAAUACGAACAAGGACCUGCCCCCCUUCCCUCCCCCCAGAGCCCAGAACUCGCCCUCCCCCCCCCAUUCUGUGUAGAUUCUGCUGUAGACUGUAAGCCCCGUGGGGCAGAGCCCAGUGGCGUAGCGUGGGGGGUGCAGGGGGGGCCGGCCGCACCGGGCGCAACAUCUGGGGGUUAGGGUUAGGGGGCGCAAAUCCACGGGUUAGGGGGCGCAAAUUACUUGCCUUGCCCCGGGUGCUGACAACCCACGCUACGCCACUGGCAGAGCCAACCUGGAGAAUAAACCCGUGUUGAAAAGAAA